AUGGCUGGACACCUGGCUUCAGACUUCGCCUUCUCACCCCCACCAGGUGGGGGUGAUGGGUCAGCAGGGUUGGAGCCGGGCUGGGUGGACCCUCGAACCUGGCUAAGUUUCCAAGGGCCUCCAAGUGGGCCUGGAAUCGGACCAGGCUCAGAGGUAUUGGGGAUCUCCCCAUGUGCCCCAGCAUAUGAGUUCUGUGGAGGGAUGGCAUACUGUGGACCUCAGGUUGGACUGGGCCUAGUCCCCCAAGCUGGCGUGGAGACUUUGCAGCCUGAGGGCCAGGCAGGAGCACGAGUGGAGAGCAACUCAGAGGAAACCUCCUCUGAGCCCUGUGCCGCCAGCCCCAGUGCUGUGAAGAUGGAGAAAGUGGAACCAAGUCCCGAGGAGUCCCAGGACAUGAAAGCCCUGCAGAAGGAGUUAGAGCAAUUUGCCAAGCUGCUGAAGCAGAAGAGGAUCACUUUGGGGUACACCCAGGCCGACGUGGGGCUCACCCUGGGCGUUCUCUUUGGAAAGGUGUUCAGCCAGACAACCAUCUGCCGCUUUGAAGCUCUGCAGCUCAGCCUUAAGAACAUGUGUAAGCUGCGCCCCCUGCUGGAGAAGUGGGUGGAGGAAGCCGACAACAAUGAGAACCUUCAGGAGAUAUGCAAAUCAGAGACCCUGGUACAGGCCCGUAAGAGAAAGCGGACAAGCAUUGAGAACCGUGUGAGGUGGAACCUGGAGAACAUGUUUCAGAAGUGUCCGAAGCCCUCCCUGCAGCAGAUCACUGCCAUGGCCAAGCAGCUUGGACUGGAGAAGGAUGUGGUUCGAGUGUGGUUCUGUAACCGGCGCCAGAAGGGCAAAAGAUCAAGCACUGAGUAUUCUCAACGAGAAGAGUAUGAGGCUACAGGAACGCCUUUCCCGGGGGGGCCUGUAUCCUUUCCUCUGCCCCCAGGCCCCCAUUUUGGUGCCCCAGGCUAUGGGAGCCCCCACUUCACCACACUCUACUCCGUCCCUUUUCCCGAGGGUGAGGCCUUUCCCUCUGUUCCCGUCACUACUCUGGGUUCUCCCAUGCAUUCAAACUGA